AUGCAACCAAAUCACUGCGACCUACUAGGUCAGGCGCGUGAGUCUAGAGCCGCAAGUCGGAUGACGCGCGAUGGCCAUCAGCCGCUUCGAGAUAACGGUCAGCCUCAGCCAUCGGGUGCGGCGCCCAUGAGAUCAGAGGAUUCUUGGAUCGACGUGUCCUCCCAACCCUCCUCUUCCUCCAUUUCCUCUGCUGCCACAAAUGAAGAUAUAAUUACAACCGGAUUACGGGUCGAGCAAAGAGGCGCGGGCGCAUAUCAGCGCCGCAGUCGCCGACGCCAUCUGCAACAUCUUGCCGCUAUUACCACUGCCCAGGCGGCCUAUGCGUCGCAGGAUGCCAGCCAAACCAGUAGCAGUCAAGAGGAAUAUGAGGAGAGCGAAAGCGAGUCUGAUCAUGUUCUCAGCAGCUCAAAUGAAGAUAUGACCCGCCCAAGGCUGCGAACUGCAUUAUCCGCGCACUCUGUACCCCUUUUCUCAGGUUCAGAUGCUGCCUCCAGCGAUGAUGAAGAUGAUAGUUCUACUGCCCUAGGGAUGGGAAUCAACACAUCACCUUUCGUACCUCAACCAAACAUAUUCACACACCCGCCAGCGACGUCGGAGCCUGGAUGGUCUGCACGGCGUCCACAAUCUAGUGUCCCGUCUGCCUCUACUCGCCGUACCGUUCCUCGAAGAGAAUCCUACCCCAACCCACGGUCAUCGCGGAGAUCUCCAUAUCAGCACAGCCCUUACAACAUGAUCUCCCCUUCCCAUCAUGCCGACCACGAUGCCGCCCUUCGUGCCAGUCUAUCCACACUUCUUUCGUGUGCGGCUGCCGCCAGAGGCCUUCCGAAGAAUGAUAGUCGACCAUCAGAUACCCCGGCGGCUCCCCCUGGAAGCGGACAACCUGCUUCAUUCCGACUAGUCGGCCCAUCAGUUGCCAUGGGAGAUGAUAGCAGCGACGAAGAGAGCCCAUCCUCGCCGCGCUAUCCAGAAUCAAGCCCGUCUAUAGGAGUACCACAGAGACGCGUAAGAGCACCGGCGGUAUCAGCUGACUCUGCCUCCAAAGCAAAGCGUCGUUCAAGUUCUCCCAAAGACCGCGGUGUUGCCUCGAAAAAGAGUCGUCGCGUGAGUAUGACGGAUCCAACAACGGCCAUGAGCCCCACGGUCAUGACAUGGGUCAUCAGCGCGGGUGUUGUCGUUCUAUUCUCCGCAAUCAGUUUUUCCGCGGGGUAUAUGAUUGGCCGUGAGGUUGGGCGAGCCGAGCUCGGAAUGGUGGGAGAUGGUGUUUCUACCCCUCGCCCCUCAGUGGGGUGUGGCCAGGAAGCGGUCCGCGGCGGGCUGCGAAAACUGCGCUGGGGAUCUGCGGCUGCAGGCUCAGCCAGUCUCGCAAUGUAA